GUGUGCGUCUCCUCCGUUUAGUAUCAGAGAGACCGUCCACUCAGCCAGUCCUAGCCUAGGCACUAUUCUGUGGUGUGGUGAGAGUCGCGCUUUCCGUUUCAGUCUAAGCCGGGACAUUCGACGAUAGUGACGUGCAGCGGUUUUGUUGGGAAAGUACUUUUUGUACUUGUGGAUUGUCCUGGUGUCCUUCUCUCCACGUGCAAGGAAAGAAAUGCAGUUGUCACGUGCUGCAUGCAGUUGAAGAACUUUGAAAUGACAGGACAGGCUUUUGGGGGGAGAAAAAGUUCGUCAUUGAACUAGAAUGCGCUUAUCGAGCACACAAUCACAACCACACACAAGUGCACUGGAAUAUUGAUGAGCUCAAGUCAUCACUUCAUGGCAAAGUGGACAACCCACGCGACAGCCAUGCUGUCUUCGUCGUACAAGAUUUAGUGUCCUGUGAGGAGUUCCUCAAUUCGAACGAGACAUGCAAACAAAUUUGGGUCCCGAAGAUAUGGCUAUCUGUGAAAGUUGAAACAAAGUAUAAAGUGACAACCACUGUGAAUAGAACAAGUGAAACCCAAACCAAACCGCAUGUCGUCUUCGUCUAACUGAGUGAUAACGAAGAAAAUACAACGUCGUCAAAAACAACGUGCUAAAAGUGUCCUUAUUUUCGACUGGAAUGUGCGCAUUUUCGUAUUCGUGUCAGCUGAAAUAAUAAUAAUUUAUUCGCCGAGAGCGGGGAAGUGAAACAAAACACAACAACACAAACAAACAAAAAUUACUUGAAACUAAAGAGAUGUACUACUACUAAGUCCGCCGACUAAUCGAGCAGCAGCAGUACGUAGAAACGUAUAACACCAGCAGCACUGCACACGUAAACCGGGCGGAUAGAUUAAGUUUAGGAAUUGUGGAACGUCCAGCAGUCUAGCCAGUUGAUUGGAGGAGUAUCGUUCAAGAUGACCUACCCGAAUAAGCUAAUCAGUGUCGUUCUGCUCGCGCUGAUCACGCUCGAUCUAACUCAGGCAAAAGUGUUCCAGAAGUGUCCACUGGCCAAGCUGCUGGAUAGCAAUCAGAUAUCGCGGACGCUGAUCUCCAACUGGAUCUGUCUGAUACAAGCCGAGAGUGGGGCGGACACUUCGAAGAAGACCUCGCUGGACAACCUCUCAGCCAGCUACGGAAUCUUCCAGAUCAACAGCAAGGAGUGGUGCCGCGUGGGAAGAAAAGGUGGGAAGUGCAAUAAAGAUUGUGAAGACUACCUCACGGACGACAUCACCGAUGAUAUCGAGUGUGCCAAGCAGAUCUACCGCGAUCACGGAUUUUCGUACUGGAAGGGCUGGACGACCAAGUGCAAGCAGAACAAACGGCUGCCGGACAUUUCCGGUUGUUGGAAUUGAUGAUGCAGUGGUGGAAUGAUGAGUGAUUAUAUUUUGUUUACUACGAAUAAAGAAUUGUUGUUGGGGUAAAACCACAGAAAAAACUAAAUCAAAAGAGAAAUGAAGAGUACAAACUAAAUACGUACGGAAUGCUAUGGAAUCAUACUGACCAUGGUAGAGAAGUGUCCAAAGCACUUCAAGAAGAAGUUUUCAUAAAUUUUUGAAAAAGUAAAAGUUAGUUAACUAUAAUUAAGAAAAUGUUAAUGAUAAGCAUUAUUUUAAUCUUCUCAAAGUGUCAUGAUUUUCUCAAUGAACAUGAUUUCGAAUCGGAAAACGGAAUGCGAUUUCGGAUUCUUUGGACAAUUUUCCACUAGGAGAAGGUAAAAUAUGUUUGUAAAUAAUAAAUACUAUGUGUUUUUGAAAAAUAAUUCAAAACAAGCUUCAAAUUUAUAGGCAUUUUCAGUAGAACAAAUUUCAUAUAAAGUGUGAAAACUUUUGAUUCGUGCUUCGAAUUCAGUUUAAAAUUUAAUAUGAAUCGAUAAUUUUAUAAACAAAACUAGUUUUAACGAAUUCUGGGCAAAACUGUGAGUUUUUACAAUUUUACCUAAAAUUUAAAUGUAUUUUGUUAAAAAGCUUAUUUAACUUAACAUAAAAAUAGAUUUUUUUUUCUUACAAAAUUUAUCAGCAGCCUUAGUGAAAUUUGAUUUUAACAAGAAAAACUAUGACUAUCAAAGUCACCCCGGGAUUCGAAAUAAGAAUUAUCAUCGCAACUAUUUUUUUAAACCAGGGGUGCCCAACCUUCUGGCGCUGCGGGCCAGUUUUGAUUUUUCUGAAGCAGUGGCGGGCCGGAACUAAUAUUUGAUAAAAGAUAAAAAGUAAAAGUAUUUUUUUUAUGAUUGGGUUCUUUUUGAAGUAAAUAAAUACAUUGAAUUACGAUGUAAAACACAGCUGAAAGGAACACCAAAACUCUGUUAUAUACCUAAAUGAACUCAUUGUAACUUGGAUUAUUCACAAAUAAAACCGAAUUGAAUUGAAUUGAAGUAAAUAAAUAAAAGAACUAGUGUUGCUAGAUUCAUAUUUCUUGAUUUUAGGAGUUAAAAACAAAGAUAACUUUCAAAUAUGUGUUUAUUUGACUUAUUAUAAUUUUUGUUUGUUAAAAAUUGUAUAGUUAAUAACUAUUAGUUAUUGUUUUUGAGUCUACCGCCGUAACAACACGAUUCUACCAAGUUUCCGAUUAUGGUUCAUAUUCAGUGAUGUCCCUAGGACCCUUUGGAAACACUCUGAGCUAUGUGGAUCAUGUGGGAUUCAAGCUAUCCUUUUGCUUACAAAGCGAAACCCGUACCACUAAGACAGGAGCUGGCACCCUUUAGCAUUACUAGACUCCAAGAUCUGUAUUCCAGGACACUUUGGAGGACCUAGAACAUCCCAAAAAUGAUCCACAUAGCUCAUAGUGUUGCCAAAGGGUCCCAGGGACAUCACUGAAUAUGAACCAUAAUCGGAAACUUGGUAGAAUCGUGUUGUUACGGCGGCAUACCCCAAGAUCUGUAUUCCAGGACACUUUGGAGGACCCAGAACAUCCCAAAAGUGAUCCACAUAGCUCAUAGUGUUGCCAAAAGGUCUCAGGGACAUCACUGAAUAUGAACCAUAAUCGGAAACUUGGUAGAAUCGUGUUGUUACGGCGGCAUACCCCAAGAUCUGUAUUCCAGGACACUUUGGAGGACCCAGAACAUCCCAAAAGUGAUCCACAUAGCUCAUAGUGUUGCCAAAGGGUCCCAGGGACAUCACUGAAUAUGAACCAUAAUCGGAAACUUGGUAGAAUCGUGUUGUAACGGCGGCAUACUCCAAGGUCUGAAUUCCAGGACACUUUGAAGGACCCAGAACAUCCCAAAAGUGAUCCACAUAGCUCAUAGUGUUGCCAAAGGGUCCCAGGGACAUCACUGAUUAUGAACCAUAAUCGGAAACUUGGUAGAAUCGUGUUGUAACGGCGGUAGACUCCAAGAUCUGUAUUCCAGGACACUUUGGAGGACCCAGAACGUCCAAUAAUGAAAUGUAACUUUAUUUUGCCUGUUUCUGUUUACUCAUGGAAGAAUUUAACUACUGGUACCAAAAUUGUAGAUUAACACAGCUCAGAAAAAUUCAGGCCUGAAAGGGUUAAAUUAGAUUAGAUUAGAAAGCAAAACAUGUAACACUAUAAAACCAUUUUUUGAUGUUUUUGUUUCAAAUUUUGGAUAAUAGGCUC